UCACGAGGGCCGGCCCGGCGUGUCAAGGAGGCGGCGUCCGCCUCAGCUCCAGCCCACAGGCCCGGGCGGGGGAAGGGCCUGGCCGGUGACGCUCGCCCCGGCCCCGCUUGAAAGGCGCCCUUCGGGGGACGACGGCCGGGCAUGAGGCCGGGGAGCCGCACUCGGAGCCGGGCUGAGGUCAUAAGACAAACGAACUGACAACCUUCUCAAGAAAGCAGGACCAUCCGAGAAACACCUGCACAGAAUCGCUGCAAUUUUGGGUGGAGUUUCUGUCCAGCAACAGGGUUUUGCAAUUGCCAUCCUUUUCAUUGGAAAACAGUUCCUGGUAGAAGAACCAGUAGGGCGAACGUGCUUUAAACCGAAUCUUUGCAGGAUUGUUCAAAAGGUUGGGUGGUUGAAAAUAUAUUGAUUUGUCCCAGAGGCAGAUUCAAGCUUUUGACGGAAAGUUCCAUCAUGGCGAAAGAAAUGAAAGACCUUCAGAAACGCUGGCUCUCCAUGAUGGAGGCCAUAAAUAGCAAUUCACACGUUGUUGCUUUCAUGAAUUCCCGUCUCGGCCAGUACUUGGACCGUCAUCCAUUCGUCGCCUUUUCCCUGCUGGUCUUCAUGGCUGUGUCCGCGGUGCCUGUUGCGUUCUUCCUGAUGUUUGCCAUUACCACAAGUGUCAUUGCCUGCAUUGGCAUGAUCAUCGUAGAAGGUUUUGUAAUGUCACUAGGAGGCGUGACCCUGCUUUGCGUGCUUGUUGGACUGGGUUUGAUUUCUCUGGCGGUUUCUGUUGUGCUGAGUGUUAGCUAUAUGGCGCUUACAACCGUGGUGAAGUACUGGUCUGCUCCAAGGUAAGUAUUGGUGGGCGUUCUUGAAACCAUCUGUAUCUGAGUGUUUGGUAGCGGUUUCGAGUUUGCUUCAUUUGUUCAUCGUGUAAUUCAUUCAAGAGAAAGGCAGGUGUCUGGGGCAUACUUUAAAUUUACUUUAAGAACAUUUAAACAUACUUUAAGAACAUUUCUUCACGCAACGCGUGGUUGGUGUUUGGAAUAUGCUGCCACAGGAGGUGGUGAUG